AUGGCCUCCUCCAUAGGCUUUGACGGAAAUAUGCACUCCGAAAAGGAUUUGCCAUCUCCUCGACAUGUCGAGCAAUCGACUGACGCCAGACAGCAUGCGACCAUAAACAGAAAUUUAAACGACCCUUUAGCUUCGUACAAUGAGGAUGAUCUGGAGGUCCUUGCAGAGAAUUAUGCUCGAACUCAUGCGCUCAAUGAUCCAAUUGAUAUUUUCGCAUUCAAGGCUGGAGCAUUGCUUGCAAAAGAUCCCGAUAGUCUACGGGCUAGGGCUCAACUUUCCGCCACUGAAAUCAAUUUCCUUGAUAAAGAGAAGACAAAUAAAUGGUCCCAGCCGAUGCUUUUUUUAAAAGUCAUCCUGCUUUGUUCGGUGUGCGCAGCUGUUCAAGGAGUAGAUGAAAGUGUUGUGAAUGGAGCCCAAAUUUUCUAUGCCAGAUUAUUCGGAAUUGAUGACCCAAACAGCUCUUUGGACCCGUGGCUAUUGGGUAUUACCAAUGGUGCCCCAUUCGCGCUCGGAAUAGGUAUCGGUGCAAAGUCAGCCACUGUUCCUGUAUAUGCUUGUGAGACAUCUCCAGCUCCAAUCCGUGGUGCCAUGGCUAUGCAAUGGCAGGUCUUCACAGCCUUUGGUAUCAUGUUAGGUUUUGCAUUUGAUCUAGCCUUCUACUACGUCCCAGAUACAGCACCUAAUAUCCAUGGGCUUAAUUGGAGAUUAAUGAUGGGAUCCGCCGGAGUCCCUGCUCUCUUUGUCUGUUUUUGUUGGUACGAGAAGGAUACGGAAGACGUAGCACCCACGGAUUACACAGCACGAGAUAUUUUCCAAAUGCAUAUGCUCCUCGAAGCCGAGAAGAACAUGGGUGAUGGACAAAGCCAGAUCAAGCAACUUUUCACGGUACCUCGUAUCAGGAGGGCAAUGGUAGCUUCAGAGAUUACCAUGUUCAUGCAGCAGUUCUGUGGUAUCAAUGUUAUAGCGUACUACUCCAGCGUAAUCUUCGUUGAUGCUGGCUUUUCGGAAGUCAGUGCUCUAUGUGCAUCCUUGGGUUUCGGCGCGCUUAACUUCUUUGGUGCUAUUCCUGCCACCACAACAAUCGACAAAUUCGGUCGACGAUGGCUUCUACUCUUAACAUUUCCACUCAUGUCUGUCUUUUUGUUCCUCACUGGUUGGAGUUUCCUGAUUCCAGAGGGAACUGCACGUAUUGCUGUUGUAGCUAUAGGUAUCUAUCUCUUCUGUAUAGCCUACAGCCCCGGAGCCGGCCCUGUGCCCUUUACUUACUCCGCGGAGGCCUAUCCUCUCCACAUUCGUUCACUCGGAAUGUCCUUAGCAACUGCCACAACAUGGUUCUUCACCUUUGUCUUAGCAAUCACAUGGCCAUCGAUGCUGAGAGCCUUCAAGGCUCAAGGAGCUUUCUCUUUUUAUGCCGGAUUUAACAUAGUCGGCUUCUUUCUUGCUUUAUUCUUCGUCCCCGAGACUAAAGAUAAAACCUUGGAAGAAUUAGACCAGGUUUUCAACGUUCCUACGAGAGAGCACGCCGCAUAUGGGUGGGCCCAAUUUACUUAUCCUAUUAGAAGACAUGUUCUCAGAAUGGAUGUUGAGGAGCCAAAAUUAUAUGAGAACUUGGGCGAUAAAGACCAAUAUAAUCAUAGUCCCACCUCUUCUGUGAUGGCUGGAGCCUCUACUAAUAGAGUUUGA